AUGGAUGACGAAACAAAGAAAAUUGCUGAAAAGAAUAUUGCAAAUAGGGGUAAACAAUCAAUCCCACAUACUUUAGGAACGAAAUCAAUUGCUAGAAGAAGAAGAGAAAUGGAAAUUCAGUUGGGUCACCCUAUCACUAGAGCACAAAUGUACGCUGAAUCACACAAAAAGAAGGAUGGUACACUUGUCAAUGAAGAGGCUAGACACAAAAAUGAACAAUUAUUAGCUGCUCAAAAUGAUGGAAGGACUGCGGAAGAAGCUUAUGUCCAUGUUUUCGGGAAAGAGCAUCCAGGACGUGUACGGGGAAUGGGAUUUGGUGUUUGUCCUUCCCAAGUUCUUGGUUCCAGUUCUGUUGGUUCUAGCUCAACAGCCUCACCAAAUGAAAUUAAGGAGUUGAAAUCUAAAAUUGAAUCACGUUGCAAACUUGGUCCGAAGCUUUGGAGGCCAGAUGCUACUCCAAAUUUGGAAUCCCCCAUCGGUAAUAGAAGGUCUUCAUCAGCCAGCUAUGACCCAAAUAUUCACAGACCAUCCACACAUGGACAAAAUGAAGGAUUAGUAACUCCACUUGAUGAUGACCUUUUCAUGGAUGACAUUUGA